UCCACUCGCCGCGGUCGCCGGCGACGACCACCACCACCACCGCGGCCCUCAUCUCUGGCGGGAGCCUCCCCCGACUCCUCGCCGCGGCCCCGUCCCACGUCCUCUCUUGCUUCGCCUCCCGCGUCAGGUUCUCGAGGCUCCGGGAAGGCGGGACGGAUCUCUCAGGCGGAGCCGUUCGGCGAAGUCUCCUCUGCGUGGCGGCGCCGUUGAGGCGCGUGGGGUAAGGCGACGAGGUGGGAGGUUUCGGGCUGAGACGAUGGGAGGCGUGCCGUUGAGGCGGCUGGAGCUCGCCGCGCUCUGCCUCUACGCGCUGGGAUUCUACCUCGUCGUGAUCCUCAAGUCGCUUCGUCUCUCCCACGAUUACUCUGGGAGGCUGUACGGCCUACGGGCAGGCUCACUCGCCGGCCAUCUGAACGACUUGUCUGAUGCGCAAUGGAGAAACUUCCGAGGGAACUUACCUGUUCUUACCAUUGUGAUGGGCGCGUUUCUGAUCUUGGUGAAUGCACUGCGCUACUGCUACAGCCUGAAGGGUAGAGGGGCAUCUUUGCUGUGGCUUCUCCUGUCUUUGGCCUAUUUAUGCUAUCUACAUGGUGCUUGUGUUGCUUUCAUUCUUAUAAUAGCAUUGAUUAACUACUCCAUAGUGAAGGUAUUUGCUCGAUAUAAACAUUGCGUUGGCCUCAUUUGGAGCUUCAACUUAGCUGUCCUUAUACUUAACCGAGUCUAUGAAGGCUAUUCAUUCUCAUUGUUUGGGCACAGGCUUGCUUUUCUAGACAAUCAUCGGGGUACAUUUCGAUGGCAUAUUUGCUUCAAUUUUGUUAUAUUACGAAUGAUAAGCUUUGGAUGUGAUUACUGCUGGUCACUCCAUUCUCCUCACUUUGACCAUAAGCAUAUGCAGCGAUGCCAAGUUUGUUAUUCUGGCAAAACAUGCUACUUUACUUUGCAGGAGAGAGGGCUAAUCGUUGACAAAUACACAUUACUAACAUAUUUAUGCUACUUGACAUAUGCUCCACUCUACAUUGCUGGACCUAUUGUAAGCUACAAUGCAUUUGCAGCCCAGUUAGAUGUACCCCAGAAAAAUUAUUCAGUUGCACAAAUAUCUUGGUAUGGGGUAAGGUGGAUUCUAAGUUUACUUCUUAUGGAAGCCAUGACACAUUUUUUCCACUACAAUGCCUUUGUAGUUAGCCGAUUAUGGCAGCAAUUAUCUCCUUUUGAGAUCUUCAUCAUUAGUUACGGGGUGCUGAACUUUAUGUGGCUGAAAUUCUUCCUGAUUUGGCGCUACUUCAGGUUUUGGUCACUGGUAGGAGGAGUUGAGACACCUGAAAAUAUGCCAAGGUGUAUAAAUAGCUGCCAUGAUCUGGAAAGUUUCUGGAAAAGCUGGCAUGCUUCUUUUAACAGAUGGUUGGUCAGGUAUCUAUACAUUCCUCUUGGGGGUGCUCAAAGAAAAUUACUUAGUAUCUGGGUCGUAUUCACAUUUGUAGCAGUCUGGCAUGACCUGGAAUGGAAACUUAUUUCAUGGGCAUGGUUAACAUGCUUAUUUUUUGUCCCGGAAAUAUUGGUCAAGUCUCUAUCCAACAAGUUUCAGGCAAGAAGUGCCCUUGGGUUGUUCAUCCACCGUGAGUUAAGUGCGAUUGCUGGUGCCGUGACAAUCAGCUGCCUUAUGGUGGCAAACCUUGUUGGUUAUGUUGUAGGACCAUCCGGCAUUAAACUUCUCAUGUCACAAAUGCUUGGGAAGGAUGCCCUGCCUGUACUUGCCUUCAUAUUUAUCACGUUCUACGUGGCCGUCAAGCUUAUGUUUCAUAUACGUGAGGCACAGAAGAAUCACGAGUGAUAGUUGAUUAGUCGAUAAAGACCUUUCUGGAUUUAAUGUCAAAUCGGUAAAUCCCUCUGCCAAAUGCAGUCAAACUUUUAUGAUGGAGGCACUGUCAAGACAAAUAGCGGUUUAUUUUUUUUGCUUGGAUUUGUUUGACACAAACCAAAGCUCCUCUCACUCUCAGCACUUAGCCUCGGUUCUUUUGUAAACUAGGGCGUAUUGAUUUAGUGAAGAUAAUGAAAAGCAAAUGCACCUACGCGCUCUUUUUGAAGACUUAGCAAAGGAAAAGUAAAAAAGAGGUUCUAGUAGAUGUUUAUAUGUUUUUCACAUGAUUUUAUUCAGUUCCUCCAGAAUUCUUCUAAAUCUCCUGUAAUUCAAAGCCCUAAAAAUCCCUAUGUUUUCCUAUGAAAUCUAUGGCAAAGGAAAAUUUCCUCUACUUCUACUAUGCUCCAAUCCUCCAUUCCAAAUGAGUCAAUAGUGUCAAUUCCUUUAGAAAUUAGGAUCCUCUAGUUUUGCUUUUAAAAA